GAAGUCUCUUUUUGCCGGAAGUCGGGUGAUGGACGCAAGGAGCAACAAGCGAAAUAAAAUUUUCAUUCGCUUUAAAAUAACCAUUUCGCAAAAUGGCGGAUGGCGGCGUGGAUAUUGAUCUCUACGCCGAUGAUAUUGAAUCGGAUUUUAACAGACAAGAUGAAUUUGGUGGUGAGAAUGUGGAUUUAUACGACGAUGUGAUCGCGGCGCCUGCAGCGAAGCCGGAGGAUGGUGACGGCCCACCUAACUCGGUCGCGCCGCAGCAUUCGCAUCCGCCAGAGGAGACAAAUGGCUCUGCUUCGUACCACAAUAACGCACCAAGCCACGGACAUCAUGGCCGCCGCUUCCAGCUUUACGUCGGCAACCUCACCUGGUGGGCUACAGACCAAGAUGUGGCAAAUGCGGUUGCUGACGUCGGUGUAACGGACUUCCAAGAUGUGAAGUUCUUCGAGAAUAGGUCCAAUGGACAAUCCAAGGGGUUCUGCGUCAUAUCUCUUGGCUCAGACCAGUCGUGUAGGAUGGUCAUGGACCGUCUGCCUAAGAAAGAGAUACACGGUCAACACCCUGUCGUCACUUUACCCACCAAACAGGCGUUGAACCAGUUUGAGAGUCAAUCUAAGACCAGAUCGACUCCCCCCGGACCCAACAACCCGGGUAUGAGAGGACCGCACCCGGGCGGUCCACCCGGACCCCACCCAGGAGAUUUCUUCGGCGGAGGACCGAACGGUCCGGGGCCAAAUGGCCCGCGUAUGAUGAUGUCAGGCCCCGGGCCACAUCAUCAGAUGCGUGGUCCACCACCAGGUCCGCCACAUGGACCUCCGCACCAUAUGCAGCAGCACCAGGGCCCGCCGCCGCAUCACAUGCAGCACCAGGGUCCACCGGCGCAUCAGGGCCCGCCACCGCACAGACCGCCUAUGCAGUUCCAGGGCCCACCCCAGAUGCAGCGGCCACCAGGACCGCGGCCGGGGCCCGAGUGGGGUCCGCGCGGCUCUCCGCACCACUUGCCACCGCAGCCUGCGCCGCAAUAUGGCCCGCCGCAGCACCAGAUGCCUCAUCAGAUGCCUCCGCCCCAUGCACAACCUGGACAAGGUCUGCCGCCACCACAUCACCAGCUCCCUCCACACCAGCAGGGUCCGAUGCGUGGGCCGGCACCACUUCCGCAACAUCCAGGUGUAGGCGUAGGUGGAGGCGCUCCCGCGCCACACGUGAACCCCGCGUUCUUCAACCAGCAGCCGCCCGUGCAGCAGCCUCCCGGAGUGCAGCCGCCGCCCGGUGUGCAGCAGCCGCCACCACCCGGUCCUGGAGCUGCAUACGGUCAUCCACCACACAAUGCACCACCGCCGGGACCACCUCCGGGAGCUCGGCAGCCAUAUGGACGUCCCCCACAGAGCUACGGCGCAGGCGUAGGCGUGGGGGUGGGCCCGGGCGGCGGCGUGGUGGGCGGCGCGGGCGCGUCCCCGGGCCGCGGCGGCCACCACGCGCCGCUGGCGCCGCACGCGCCGCACGCGCCGCACGCGCAGCACGCGCCGCACGCGCCGCACGCCGCCCUGCCGCCGCACGCGCCCGCCAUCAGCGAGGCCGAGUUCGAGGAGGUCAUGAACCGCAACCGCACCGUGUCCUCGUCCGCCAUCGCGCGCGCCGUCAGCGACGCCGCCGCCGGCGAGUACGCGUCCGCCAUCGAGACCCUCGUCACCGCCAUAUCGCUCAUCAAGCAGAGCAAGGUGGCACACGAUGACCGCUGCAAGAUACUGAUAUCAUCACUCCAGGAUACGCUUCAUGGCGUAGAGACCAAAUCGUACAGCAGUGGUGAGAGGUCACGGCGGUCGCGAUCGCGCGAGAGAGACGCACGGGCCCAUCACCGCGCACCACGCCGCCGCGAUCGCUCCGCCAGCCGCUACCGCGAUCGCAGCCGUGAUCGUGAUCGCGAUCGCGACCGUGACCGCGAGGAGCGGGACAGGUACAGAGAAAGGUCGAGGGAACGCGAUCGUGAACGCGACCGUGAUCCAUAUGCAUACAGGGAUUAUAGAGAGCGUGAACGGGACAGGUCGAGGUCCCGGGACCGCGAACGCGCUGAUCAUUAUAAUAGAGGACACAGCAGGGAAGAAAGGCCGCGUAAAUCGCCGGUAGAAGCGGCACCAGAGGGCGGCGCGGGCGAUGCAAGCAGUGCGAAAGCGCGUGCCGCACCGUACUACGACGAGCGAUAUCGCGAGCGACGCGAACGUGACGCGGCUCCCGCCGAACGCGACCGCGAUCGCGAGCACCGCCGCGACGCACGUCAUUAGACGCCAUCACCACUUGCUAUAACACGUCACCGUCGACUACAACGCUGCUUGUACCUUUGGGAUCUCAUCUACACUAAUUGUAUCGGCCGUUAACUGCCUACUGCUGGACAUAGGCCUCUCCCAUAAAGGGGUUGUGCCAAUAGUUGCCACGCUUGGCAGACGGGUGGGCAAGCGCAGUUAGGCUUUGGUGCUGUUUUAAUAGGGACGCUGCUGCCCAUUUCUCUACUAUUAAAUCCCCUUAGUUGCCUCUUAGGGUAACCAGGGGGCACUAAGGAGUGGCCCAUUCUAUGCCAAAAUCACGCGGCAUCUACCCUGUACAAGGGACUAAUAACAAUAAUUAAAAUAAAUUAUUGUAUUUAAUUAUUUAUAUUUUUAUGCGUAAGCAACGUGAGUAGUGCGAAACCGCGUGUUAUUUCAUCUGCGAUGGGCGAUAUCGCGAGCGUCGCGGGCGUGACGCGUAUGUCGUUAUUAGACUUAUCACUAUAUUCGCUAAAACACGCUACCGUCGACUGUAUCGCUGCUAAUACCUCUGGGGUCUCGUCUACACGUGACAAGUGACUAAUGAUUAUUAUUAAGUUGCGCGGGCGACGUGAAUAGUACGAAAUCGCAUGUUACACAUCCAAGACUGAUAUCGAUCGGUCUUAAACCGUCGUUAUAUAUUUUUUUUGUCGUAAUAUACCACCUUUGACUGUACAACGCUGCUGUCAAAUGAAUCUAAGUGUAUGCCUGCAAUGCGAAUAGCGGAAUAUCGGAUGAUAUACUCUUACAUUAUAUAGAUAGAGCAUCGAGCUACAAAAACGGGUCAACAUGCAGUACGCAUUAAAAAGAUUCAGAAAUUAAUCACUCAUAACUAUUUAUAAUUCAAAAUGUUUUUUGUUUUUCUAUAAUUUAUUAUAAUUAAAACACUGUGAUAUAUGAGACUAUAAUAAUGGAAUUGUACUAGUAUAUAUAUAUUAAAAGUAUAUUUGCACGCCAUUUAUGGUAAAAUAUGGAGGCGUGAUUAUCUAAUAAUGUACCAUCUGUAAUACCCAUAUUUAAGCAAAUAAUUUAUUAUUAGAAAUGGUAUGAAAAAGUUGACCCGUUUUUCUCGAAGUAUUUGUAUGGAGACACUAUGUAUAUAAUCUAAGGUUAUACUAAACCAUCCCAAGGCGAGCAGCUAUCGCGCGUAUAUAAACUUACUAUUAGUACUACUAGGAGCCUAUAGGAGACAAGUGACAAAUGUUGACAAUGCUGAAUUAUUAUGUCCAUGGGUAAUAAAAUCGAUUCGUGAACGUAUAAGUACCUUCAUUCACCAAAUACUAAAGGUGGAUUUAAAUAAGAACAAGGGUUAAAAUAAAAUAAUAGGUAGAAAUACAGAAUUAGCUAAUUGUUCGCGAACGCAGUUGAGUACUUAAAGAAUGGUCUUAACUAGUGCACACUGACUAAAAAUUAGAGUAGGAAGAAAAUAAUUCUUUCGCUUGCUAUUUCACGUGCAAGCAUAAAAUGCCAAUUUGAACCCUUAUUCAUAAAAACUAAAACCUACAAACCUAUUUGACUGUUUUGUCACUUUAUUUCAAAUUGGGAAUGUAGCAUAAAAGUGACAUAACAGAUCAGUAGCUAAAAUAGGUUUACGAGACAUUUGACAUUUUUAUGAAUAAGAGGGUAAACGUUUAUGGAGAUAGGCAAAUUACCGCUUGUAAAACUUAUGGACUCUGGAGUGUACUUCUUCAUGUGUAGGCUUCUGGAACUAGGUUUUUCUCGCUGACUGUUCUCGAACUUUUCUCUUUUAAAUCUGUCAAAUGCUGUUUUCACUAUCGCAACAAUACGUCUGCGCAUGAUAAGAUGGCACCUUCGGCGUCUCAAUAAAAGUCAUUUACCUUUGUUAAGGCUGAAUAAAGAAAACUUGCUGCAUUAUUUUUAUCAGGGGUGGAAUUUAAAUUCGGCUGUGAAUGGAAAAUGGAAUCUAAUCUGAAUGAAACAAAUGAUAUUUUGCAGGGAUACUAAUAGUGGUAGAUGACUAGAGAAAGCGUAAUAUUUGUAAUAGCUCGGUAACAAAAUGGGAUAUAAAUUAUAUCUAAGAGUGAUAGUAGAAUUGGUACGCUGUACAGCGGUUGAUAGGGCGUUUUAAAUUCAACAACGUUAAUUUUGUUAACAAUUUCUUGAUGUAUCAGUAAAAAAGUCGACGUGGACCUAAACUUGGACACUGUACAAAUUUCUAUUUACAAGCUUUGUAAUAAUUUAUCAUAAUAAAAACUAUAUUUGUAAAUUCAGAAACAAUAAUCGUUUAGUAAAAUUUAAAAGUUUAAUUACAAUAGUUGCCUAUAAAAUAUGAAUGUGACGUUAUUUUGUAGUUUGUUUUCACUUGUGUUUGUUUCAUAUAUGUGAAUCUUUAAUUUGGAAAUAUUAUUGAAUUUCCAUAUUUUGUACAGUUAAAAUAGGGAGUAGAUUCUUUAAAAAUCACCUGUUUACCAUAUUUUUAUAAGUGUCUGGUAUUUUGUUGUGUUCAUGUUAACAUGAACACAUGAUGGAUUUGUUUAAAGCAUUAGUAUUAAUUGCAACUUACAUUGGAAGAUGUAACAUUCCAAUAUCUAACAUGUUUUUUUUUUUCUAAAAUUAACAAUAACUUUGGGAUGUCUAUAUUUAGAUGUCGUUUGUAAAGAUUUGAAAAUACUGUUUGUUUUUUUGCUUUAUGCAAAUACGUAUAAUUAAGUAGUUAGGGUUUAGUCAUAGUUUUAAGUUUCUUUGUAUGGAGAGUCCGUACAAAUGUAUUUGUCGGUAAAUUGAUCGAAAUAAAUUACUAUAUUAAA